AUGGCCUCAUUUCUCCGCUGCGCCUGUGCUGCAGCCCGGCGGCUGCCGCGGCGUAGCAUUGAGGAGUUCUGGCAAGGUGGAGUAAGAGAUCCACAGCUCAAUGCAUUGCAAAAGCAGGCCAACAUGGUCUCUGGAGAUCCCUGGCCUGCUGUGCUCCUGAGGUUGAAAUCCUUUGAGGACAUGCACAAGCUGUGGUACGUGCUGCUGAAGGAAAAGAACUUCCUCCUGGCAGAGCAGCACGAA